AUGUUGGAUAAAUACGACCCUUCUUCUUAUAACCACCAAUACGCUCAAGUAAAUGGUAUUCGUAUGCAUUAUGUAGACGAAAAUGCCUCUUCUAACAAGGCCUUGUUGCUUGUCCAUGGUUGGCCCGAUCUUUGGAUUGGUUGGAGAGAACAGAUCCAUUUCCUUGUUCAACUCGGUUAUCGUGUCAUUGUUCCCACUCUUCGUGGUUUUGACCCCGCUGAAUACGGUUUUGGUACUAUCUCUAAAGAUUUAGCUGGCCUUUUGGACCAUCUCCAACUUCCUACUGUCACAGUCAUUGGUCAUGAUUGGGGAGGAGCUGUUGUCUGGCGUUUCGCUCAAUUUUACCCUGACCGUGUCAGAGCUGUUGCUAGUUUCUGUACUCCUUAUACUGCACCUGCUACCCAACCUGUCACUUUGGAACAAAUCGUCCAAGUCUUGCCCAAUUUCAAAUACCAACUGUACUUAAACACACCCGAGGCUGAAAAGGACUUGAAUGAAAACGUUGGCAAGUUCUUCCGUCGUAUCUUCCGCCCUGUCGCUGAGAUGAAGGAACCUUUGAUUGAUCCCGAAACCACUCGUUUGGCUGAAGGUCGCUCUGAUAUGGAACGUUCUGAAAAGGUACCCGAAAAGGUCAUGAACUACUAUAUUGAAUGGUACACUAAGCGUGGUGCUCGUGGUGGUCUUAACUGGUACAAGCAAACACACAACAACUAUGUUCAAUGCAAGGAUUUGGAUCCUAUCAUCAAGAAGCCUGCCAUGAUGGUCCUUGCUGAAUUGGAUAAGGCUUUACCUCCUAGUAUGGCUCAAAAGAUGCCUGAAUAUAUUCCCGGUGUUGAAAUGCACCUUGUUCCUGGUUCUGGCCAUUGGAUCUUAUGGGAAAAACCUGAAGAAUGUAACCAAUACUUGAAGGAUUUCCUUGCCAAGGUAGACCCUGUUUCCUCCAACAAAUUGUAA